AAAAAAAAGACACUAAACACUUAACAUUUCUCUCCACCCAUCUCAAACAAACUUAAACGCACUACUACUUCUUGAGCCUUUUCCACUCCACAAAACAAAAUGGCUCCAAGAACCUCCCUUGCACUCUUCCUUUCUCUCAACCUCCUCUUCUUCACUUACACCACUGCGACCACAGGUACUUGUCCUAGAGACGCCCUCCAGAUCGGUGUUUGCGUCAGUGUGCUUAACAUAGUGGACCUAACAGUGGGAAACCCAGCCGUACAGCCAUGCUGCUCUCUCAUCCAAGGCUUAGCUGACCUUGAGGCUGCUGUCUGCCUUUGCACUGCUCUCAAGACUAGCAUUCUUGGAACCAACGUCCUUAACCUUCCCAUCAAUCUCAGCGUUCUCCUCAAUGUUUGCGGUAGGAAAGCUCCAACGAACUUCCAGUGCGCUUAAGUUCAAAACAAACUUAUGGCAUACCUAGAAAACAAAUAAAUCAGUAAUCAUAUAUACAGUGUAUGAAUAAUAAAAAAUAAUCAUACAGUGUAUGAUUACUUGAAACCGUUAUCUUAUCUUGUUGUCUUCGUUUUAAGGUGAUUUCAUCUCUUCUUUGUAUUUGUGUCCUUUGAAUCCGAUUAAUAAAAGUAUCGAUCUUUAUGUUUUA